UAGACUAGAGAGUACGGUAAACCAUGGCUGCUCAAGAAGUCGAUGCUGAUUCUGGAUCUGAAUUCGAUGACGAUAUGACGUUCCAGUUUUAUCGAGAUCGUCCUGAGUGGAGUGAUAUUAAACCAGUUCCUCAAGACGAUGGCCCCAACCCUGUAGUCCGUAUUGCGUACUCAGAAAGAUUUCAAGAUGUAUUUGACUAUUUACGAGCUGUACUCAAGGCAGAUGAACGCAGUGAUAGAGCACUGGACCUUACCAAAGAUGCUGUGGAACUCAACGCAGCUAAUUAUACUGUCUGGCACUACAGAAGAGUAUUAUUGCAGUCAUUAAAGAAAGAUUUACGUGAGGAAAUGAAAUACAUCUCAGAAGUAAUCUCAGAUCAUCCAAAGAAUUAUCAAGUUUGGCACCACAGGAGAGCGAUCGUAGAAUGGCUCCAAGACCCCUCCGACGAGUUAGACUUCACAGAAUCCAUCCUCGAGAAGGACUCCAAGAACUAUCACGCUUGGUCUCACCGCCAGUGGGUCCUGCAGGCUUUCAAGGUGUGGGACGGGGAGCUUGACUACGUGCAUAGACUGCUCCAAGAUGACCUCCGCAACAACUCGGCCUGGAAUCAGAGAUACUUUGUCAUCAGCAACACGACCGGGUUCGGUGACGAGAGUGUCGUAGACAGAGAGGUCAAGUAUGCAGUAGAAUUCAUCAAGAAGGCUCCGAAUAAUGAGAGUUCAUGGAGUUACCUCAAAGGGGUGUUAGCAUUGAGAGACAUCUCCAGCUUUCCCGCACUGAUGCAAGCCUGUCAGGAUAUGUACGACGAGAACAUCAGAUCUCCAUUCCUUCUGGCCUUCAUGGUUGAUAUAUAUGAAGACCAAUUAGAAUCCAAGACUCCUCCAGAAGAUACACUAUUCAAAGCUACCCAGUUAUGCGAUGUCCUAAUCCAAGUUGAUGCCAUCAGACUGAAAUACUGGGAAUACAUCAAGAGAUCCCUGACACUUCGCUUUGGGAAACAAGGAGAAGCAUGAACUUUUGACGCUUGAAAGUAAAAAAGCCUGCAUAUAUUUGUUGCUGUAAAGACACUUGCAAGGAAACG